AUGGCGACGAGCGCCGUCGCGCCGUCGAUCAUCGGUCGCCUUCGCGCACUCCCGUCGGCGAGUUCCUUCCAUCGCGCGGCGCCGCUCGCGCCGUCGUCGUCGUCGCUCGCGCGAUCGCAACAUCGUCGGCUCCGCGAAAAGCUUCCUCGCCGUCGUCGCCGCGAUGCCCGCCGCGCGGUGACGUCCGCGUCGUCGUCCGUCGCCGAGGUCGACGAGAACGCGGAGUUCAAAGACCUCAUGGAGCGCGCCGGGGUCAAGCACCGCGUCAGGCUCGCGUCCGGCUCCCGCGGCCGCGGCCUCUUCUCUACCGGCCCGGUGGGAUGGAAGCAGUCCGACGUCCUGCUCUCCGUCCCGCUCGACGUCUGCAUCGCGGCGCCGUUCGGGGACGCGGACGUCGUCAAGACGGAGUUCAGGUCCGGGCCGGGAUUCAAAGACACGCUCGUGAUCCUUCGCCGGGCGUGGGAGCGCAAGAACGCGUGCAAGAUCCCGAAGGCGAUCACGAACCUCCUCGACUCGGGCAUCGGCGACGACCGCGAGCUCGCCGUGGUGCUGUGGCUCCUGUGGGCGACGAAACACGGCGGCGAGGUGUGGAAAGCCUACGCGGAGUGGCUGCCGCAGAUUAGCGAGAUGCCGAACCUGAUGCUCGCGUCCGAGAGAGAGCUCUCGCAGCUGCAGGACGACGCGCUCGCGGACGAGGCGAGGAACUUGCAGCGCCUCAUCGCCGCGGCGCACGAGCGUCUCCCGGAGAUUAACAAAGCCGCGACGGACAUGAAGGGCGCGCCGAUGACAGACGUGUCGCUCGCGGAGCUGCGAUGGGGGUACGCGCUCGUCGCGUCGCGCGCGGUCGCGUCCGAGGUUGGGGACUCGGGCGAGUACGCCGCGAUCUUGGUUCCGUUCUUCGACAUGGCGAAUCACGACGACGUUCGCGACGUCACCGCGGUGAAGUCCAUCCGCGGGACGGAGGACGGCGACGUCGAGGGCGGGUUACGCGUGAUGGCGGAACGGGCGCUGAACCAGGGCGUCGGCGGGCCGCGGAUGGUCUUAGAGACGACGAGGGCGAUGAAGAGCGACCAAGACGAGGUCGUGAUCUCGUACGACCCAACGGGGUCGAACCGAGAGCUCAUGCUCAGGUACGGGUUCUCGCUGAGGUGUAACCGGAACGAUAAGAUCGAGCGACCGGCGGCGCCGGACCGCGCGUCCAGCGCGCUCGUCGCGCCCGAACCGUUCCGCGCGGCGCUGGAGGCGAAAGAUGUGAUGAAGGAAGGCAUGAGCGACGAAGACAGGGCGCGGCUGAUUUGCGUCUUUAACAACGUCACGGGGACGUCCGCGGCGGUCGCGGAGGACGACGACGGCGCGUGGGAGCUGGACGAGGACGACGUGAAAACCGAAACGGCCGCGGCGAAGACGUUAAUACGUGCAUGGAGCGACGCGCUCAACCAGUUCGAGACGAGCAUCGGGCAAGACGACGCGUUUCUGAACGCCGCGCGCGCGGGAAGUCUCCCCGGGGUGACGUCGAUCAUAGCCGCGGCGAUCGAAUACCGGCUCGAGCGGAAGAAGACGCUGCGCGCCGCGGUCGGCGCGCUCGAGGCGUACGUGGAGUGGUUAGCGGAGGAGGACGAGGAGGAGGAGGAGGAGGAGGAGGACGCGGGGGGGUUUCAGGACGUCGAGAGCGAGUUCCCCGUCGCUCCGUGA